AUGGUUUGCAGCUUCCCCGAAGCUUGGGACUCGCGACUCGCGAAAGAGGCAUCAUCUCUAAAAGGCCAUACCAUUCAUACCAGCUCAAUCGCCUCGCUCCUGUUCAAGUCAAAUCUACUCCGCGCACUCUCACACCUCUGAAGCCCAUUCUUCCAUAGCACAAAACAACUCGCGACAGCAUACUUCACUUCCCAUCACAGCUGUCGCAAUGGCCAACUCGGCCCAGUAUGGCCCUCCUCUGGACCCUCCUCGCGCCUCGAAUGGUGCUCAGCCCAAAAAGGUCGCCUACUUCUACGACUCGGAUGUCGGCAACUACGCCUACAAUGCUGGCCAUCCCAUGAAGCCUCAUCGUAUCCGAAUGGCCCACAGUCUUAUCAUGAACUACGGCCUGUACAAAAAGAUGGAGAUUUACAGAGCCAAGCCUGCUUCCAAGUACGAAAUGACCCAAUUCCACACCGACGAGUACGUCGAAUUCCUAUCAAAAGUCACUCCCGACAACAUGGACAGCUACGCGAAAGAGCAAGGAAAAUACAACGUCGGUGAUGAUUGUCCAGUCUUUGACGGUCUCUUCGAGUAUUGCGGCAUUAGUGCUGGCGGCAGUAUGGAAGGUGCUGCUCGUCUCAAUCGUCAAAAGUGCGACGUCGCCGUCAACUGGGCUGGAGGUCUGCAUCACGCAAAGAAGAGUGAAGCUUCCGGUUUCUGUUACAUCAACGAUAUCGUCCUCGGAAUCAUCGAAUUGCUCAGAUUCAAGUCACGCGUUCUCUACAUCGACAUUGACGUCCAUCACGGUGAUGGUGUCGAAGAAGCCUUCUACUCUACCGAUCGCGUCAUGACCUGCUCUUUCCACAAGUACGGAGAGUACUUCCCUGGUACUGGUGAACUCCGCGACAUUGGUGUUGGUAACGGCAAAAACUACGCCGUCAACUUCCCCCUUCGCGACGGCAUGGACGAUGUCGCAUACAAGAGUGUCUUCGAGCCCAUCAUUGCUAAGAUCAUGGAGUUCUUCCGUCCCGAUGCUGUAGUCCUACAAUGUGGUGGUGACUCUCUGAGCGGUGAUCGUCUUGGCUGCUUCAACUUGUCCAUGCGCGGUCACGCCAACUGCGUCAAGUACGUCAAGAGCUUCAACUUGCCUACUCUGGUCCUCGGUGGUGGUGGCUAUACUAUGCGUAAUGUCGCCCGCACGUGGGCCUACGAAACAGGUCAGCUGGUUGGUCAGGAGAUGGGUCCAGAGCUCCCUUAUACCGACUACUACGAAUACUACUCCCCCGACUUCGAACUUGACGUUCGUCCAUCCAACAUGGAUAACGCCAACAGUCCGGAAUAUCUCGAAAAGAUCAAGCUUCAAGUCUUUGAGAAUCUGUCACGCACUAGAUUCGCCCCCAGUGUUCAAAUGACCGACGUUCCUCGCUCACCGCUUGUCGUACAACCCAACGAGAAUGAUCCCGAUAACGAGGGUGACACUGAAGAUCUGGAUGAACGUGAGCAGCGUCUCGACGAUAAGGACGACGAUGAGAAUCCUGACUCUCGUUACACCGAACGCAAGUGGGACGCUCGUAUUGAGCGUGAUGACGAGUUUGAAGAGUCCGACGAUGAGGACAUGAACGAGCUUCUAGGCGUCAAGAAGCAGCCCGGUCAGGAAUCUCGCCGUCCAAGAAUCACCGAUCACAAGAACCCAUACGCAGACACCGCCGAGGGCUCGCUUGCAGCGUCAGGUGCUGCCACACCAAUUGACAACACACUACCGCCAGCAGCUGCCCAAGCUGAUCAAAUGGUUGUUGACAGAGCUCAAGCUGCUAACGCUGCUGUUGGGGAUGCCAUCAUGGCUGCCAAGGCUGCUGAGGAUCCUCACGCCGUGCAACCUGCUCUGGGUGAGGAAGUUGCUAGCAAUGGAACACAAAGAGCCCGAUCGCCCCCCAAGCCUGCCUCGACAACUGCACAAGCAACAGUAGCUGAGCCUGAAGAUGUCGAGAUGGAAGACGAUGAUGUCGUUGAGCCCCCGACAAAUGCACCCAACGCGAACAACACACAAGCAGGUGCCGGACCAACUGCAACUCCUCCACCAGAAGUACCUGCCGCCGAGCCGACCGUAUCAGCUUCUGAAGACGUCGAGAUGGGCGACGGUACUGCGGAAGCCGAAGCGAAAGAAGAGGGUCGGCAAGAACGAAACGCACAAGACGUCGAAGGCGAGAUGAAGCGUGAGGGCGAGGCUGGCGGUAUAAAUUAGGAGCAUCUCACAUUACCAGCUUCACCUGCCGCAUCUCGCUCAGGCCUGGAUUACCUUUCUUAUGCAUGUUCUUACGCUUUGAAGGAUAUGGUACCUCGUAGCCCCUCAUCGUCACCUCAACCUCGUCCCCGCCGCUCAAUAUUCUCACCAGCGUGGUGGGACGAGAAUGUUCGGGACUGAUCACUGCUGGAGUAAAAGGCGUUGGGAACAUAUCGAUUUUUGGAACAGCAAGGAGUUUUGCUGGGGUUGCACUUUUGCUGAAAAGUGGUUGAUAUAAGGGGUUGGAGUGCAAUUAUUAUGCAUUCCAAAUGUUACGAGUAGACUACGAUUGAUACGUAGACAUGUUUUAUCACGUUCAAUUUUGCUUGCACUGUAUGGCUCAAGGGCCUCUUGCUUUCGGC